GCUUCCGCUACUGCUGCGGCACCUGCUUCUAUCGCUUCUGCUGCAACAAGCGCGCCGAGAAGCUCAACCAGAGCCUGUGCCGCAACUACAAGAGCCCCGAGUGGGCUCACCCCACCACCGCCAGCGGUGCGCUGCCCGCCGACGGUAGCAACGGCGCCGACGGGGACGCCAACAAGUAUGACCCAGACAAGGACAGCACCAAUGCCACCGUCUACAUCUCGUGUGGGGCCAUUGCCUUCGUGCUCAUCGCCGGCGUCUUUGCCAAGGUGGCCUACGACAAGGCACGGCGCCCGCCCCGGGAGAUGAACAUACACAG